ACAUACACACUACACAAUAUCAACCCUCUUUUUUCUAUUCUUUUUUAACGUUAGUCUAUGGGGAACGCUUCUUCUUCUUCUUGUAUCUCUAACGGUGUAAGUAUUGGGAACAUUUUGAAGAGAAAAAAACCUACGAAAACUGCAGUUCUGUUAGAGAGUGGUGGAAACACUCGGGAGAUCAAGCUACCAGUGAAAUCGGGGGAGCUAAUGAUAGAAGAAUUCGGCCACGUCGUCACUCCGUUGGACGAACUCCGUAGAACGGGACGGGUUUCUGCUUUGUUGCCCGAAGAGGAGCUCGUAGCGGGGAAGGUUUACCUGCUGUUGCCGGUUAGUAGGGUCCAUUCCAAGGCUUCAAAGUUUGAGAUGGCCAUUGCAGAGGCACAGAGUAGCCACAAAAAGAGGACAAGGGGAACCAACAUGGCUAAGGUUUCACCCUCACUCGUUUCGAGGUCAACUGAAAGGGAUGCGGAAAACGAUGUUACCGUUUCACCUGCGUGUCCGAGGUUGGGGAAUCAAGUACGAUGGAAUCCUGUUUUGGAUACUAUCUUCGAAUAAUCAAUUUGGCCAGCAAUUUUCUUCAAAUUUUGUCUUCCACACACACUUGUGUUCGGUGUAUUGUUUUUCCAUUUUUUUUCUUUUAUAACUUUACACUGACAUGGGUAGUUUGUACCACUGAACCAACGCUCAAUGAUGCCAAGUU